AGCUGCCGCUGUAUGACGAUGACAUGGGAAUUGGAGGACGUGGCUUAACCCCGUCAACUCCACCUGCGGGGCAAGCUUCUUGCCAGAAGCAGUACUUAGCUCAGUACAGCUGUUCUACCCGACGAUACGUAAACAUUCCCUAUCAGCUAUCACCAAGCUUAUCAAGCUCCUUGUACACGGAGCAGCUGAGCCGCCCGAGUCCGGUUCCCGUCUCCUCGGAACGGGUACGGUAUCGAGAUAGCAAUUGAUGAAUGUAACUACCCCGCGCCCAUGAUUGUUAUAGCCGUUAUACCCCUCUGAACGUGAAUUUGGUCCUCGCACCCACUCAUUGCUUCAAUCUAUCUAUUCACGCUUCCAAUCAUCGCCUACUAAGCUUCUCUAAUCAUUGUCAUGGGUAAACAAGGGCUCAGGUACGCUGCCAAGGUUGACCUCGAUCAGCCAGCAGCUGAGCAGAAUGUUCUCCACAACCGGUGGCACCCCGACAUCCCUUCAAUCGGAACUAUCAAGAACAACGAAGUCGUCAAGAUCGAAUGCGUGGACUGGACAGGCGGUCAAAUUGGCAACAAUGAUAGUGCUGAUGACAUGCGCGACGUUGACCUCACCAAGAUCCAUUAUCUCACUGGACCAUUUGACAUCGAGACAGCGGAGCCAGGUGACGUCCUAGUAUUAGAGAUCCAGGAUGUUCAGCCCUUGGAUGAGCAGCCUUGGGGCUUCACAGGUGUCUUCGCUAAGGAGAACGGAGGCGGCUUCCUGGACGAAAUCUAUCCUGAACCUGCAAAAGCCAUCUGGGACUUUGAAGGCAUCUUCUGCUCCUCGCGACACAUCCCCGGCGUCCGCUUUGCCGGGUUAAUCCACCCUGGUAUCCUGGGCUGCGCGCCCUCCGCGGAGAUCCUCGAGACUUGGAAUAAGCGCGAGGGCGAGCUGAUCGAAGCCUGCGCAACCACGCACAACCGCGUUGUUGCCGAGCCGCCGCAGCCCAAGAAUGUGCACGCCGGCUCUGCUGAUAAGGACUUGAAGGAGAAGGUGGGCAAGGAAGGCGCGAGGACGAUCCCCGGACGCCCCGAACAUGGCGGCAACUGUGAUAUCAAGAACCUCUCACGCGGUUCUAAGGUGUUUCUCCCUGUUCAUGUGAAAGGGGCAAAGUUCAGCGUGGGCGAUCUGCACUUUUCGCAAGGAGACGGAGAGAUCUCUUUCUGCGGUGCGAUUGAGAUGGCAGGUGUCAUCACGAUCAAGUUCUCUGUCAUGAAGGGCGGCAUCAAGCAGCUGGACAUGAAGAGCCCCAUCUACAUCCCCGGACCCGUAGAGCCACAGUUUGGGCCGGGAAGGUACAUUUACUUCGAAGGCUUCUCGGUCGAUGAGCAUGGCAAGCAGCACUACCUGGACACGACGAUUGCAUAUCGACAGACAAGUCUGCGGGUGAUCGAGUAUCUGAGACGAUAUGGUUACAACGACUACCAGAUCUACCUUUUGCUCUCUUGCGCUCCAGUUCAGGGCCAUGUGGCUGGCAUUGUUGACAUUCCCAACGCAUGUACGACUAUGGGCCUGCCAAUGGACAUCUUUGACUUCGACAUCUCGCCGCACAUCCCGGCUGAGAAGCGAGAUCUGGGGUCUUGUGCAUUUGCAAGCAAAUAGAGAACCGUGGCUGCUCUUGAUAUAAUGAGAUCCGCCAAUUGCUCAGUCUACACUUCGCAGGGGGUCUCCCUCUUUAGUCAUUUCCAAGAAGUGGUAUGCUCGUAAAGUAGUCAAACUGCCUGCAACGACAGCAGGUGCUUAUAUGAUUUCUAAAGCUUGCUCAAGACAACGCCAAGCUUACGUGACAUUUGACAAAUAUGUACGAUUGAGCAUACUGCAAUAUGUGGUUGGUAC